AUGCCUUUUACUCAAGCUGGAUCGCAUGUUGAAGCUCACAUAGCUAAUUAUCAAGACAUUGGAAGAGAUCAGCACAAUACAAAUAUUACCAAUAUUCAAUCUGGCGCCUCAGACAAGGCCAUCCUAGUGAGGUUGGAUCCCGUAGAUUACAAUCGCCACUAUGUACAACCAUUUAUGGAUGGCAUAUGUCAAGAUAUCUUCAACAGAAUUGAUGAAUGGCUUGUGGAUCCCAGCGCAAAGAAUAUCUUGUGGAUUAAGGGUCUUCUCGGUGGAUUUUUCUCUUUUCACCGAGGUGAUGCCUCUCUGAGCAAUCCUGCUGCUCUGUGGUGUACUGUUGCACACGAACUUGCUCUAUUUGAUACCAGGAUUGCAUCCACUAUCAUUGAAACUCUAAAGAGUGGGCAGCUAAACCUGCAAAGGCCAAAUAUCAAAGAUCAUUUUAAUUCUUUCAUUGUGAAGAGUUUGAACGCCAACUACGGCAAGGAUUAG